AUGAACUGUGAAAUACAGAAAAGCAUGGAUAUCAAAAUGAUCAGCAUGAAUAUCACAGUGAUUGAGGGUCCAGGAUGCACACUAAAUGGAGAGAAGAUGCGUGCAAGUGUUCAAAAGAGACAGAAAUUUUUAGAUGUACUUGGAAAUUCAUCAAGAGUAAGUUUAGAUGCCAGUACCAGAAGCUCUUUCCAGAGUUUUAUGGGCUGUGUGUUCACAGGAGUGGAGACACUGGGGAAAGAGAUGUUCAUGUAUUUCGGCUUCAGAGCUUUGAGAUUGCACUUUGGUAUGAAUGGUUCCUUGAAAAUAAAUCCUGUGGAGAGGAAAGAUCUGAAGGGAAAACCACCAGCUCUGGUUGUUCAACUUUCCAGUGAUGUUGUCUGCUUUUUUGACACAACUGUUGAAAUCAGACUCUCAGAAGACUGUGAGCAGAAAGUAAGAGCCAUGGAGGUUCUUGAUAUCUGUUCAUCCAAGUUUAGUUUCUCUCGGGAGGUGGAAGCUGUAAAGAGAGAGAAUGGAUAGAAUGCUCUAUUGGAUCAGUCCGUCCUACCUGGUGUAGGAAACAUAAUUAAAAAUGAAGCCCUCUUCGACAGUGGCCUUAACCGUGCUGUUAAGGUCAACCAGUUGACAAGUGAACAGGUCAAUCAUCUUGUGAAGAUGACGCAUGAAUUCACCUUGCUGUUUUAUAAGUGUAGAAAGAAUGGAUCCCCACUCUACAAGCAUUACAAGGUGUACAAACGUCCAAACUGUGGCCAGUGCAGUGGAACUGUCACUGUCUGUCGACUGGGAGAAAAUGGUAGGAUGACAUACUUCUGUCAGCACUGUCAGACAGGUGAUCCAAGCGAAGUCAACAUCAAUAAACUCCCAACUUGAAAUGGUUUGAUUGGAUGUGCUUAUCUGGGAGAAAUGAGUAGCAACGAUCAUGUGGCCAAGAGAGAGGAGUGGGUCUGUUCUCUUUGUACUCUAAUAAAUUCCCCAAGCAGCAAGUUGUGCGAUGGUUGUAUGAGCCCUAGACCGGAGGAGUCCACAAAGCUGGAACAUUCACCUUUGAGUCAAGACGUUAUCCGCUACUCCUGCAACACUUUUAGCAAACCCCUGCUGGAAAUAAAGAUGAGUCGUAGGGCUGCAUUUGGGACCACCACUCUUGUCCUAACCAACCUCUGUGCAAAACCUGACUCUCCCUUAAGUCCUGCCAUUAACCAGACGAACACUCCAGAGACAGCGAUGGGUCUGAGCGCACACAGCAACUGGCAGCAGAAGAGUCCCAGUAAUGGUGUGACUGGGAUGCAAUUCAAAGGCAAUGAGCCCUAUAAGAUAAAAUCUCUAGCAAGCCACAGUCAGCCUAACAAGAGGAUGAAAUCCACGAAUGGAGUGCUUUCUGGGGGAAGUGUGCAGAACAUCUCCCCAAGGGGCACACAGAGUGAUGAUCCAUCCCUACCAACAAACCCCUGCUGCAAAAGUCAUCGCCGGCCAUGUACCCUUAGGGUCGUCAUUAAGGAAGGAGAAAACAAAGGCAGACAGUUCUACGCCUGCUCCUUGCCCAGAGAGACUCACUGUAACUUCUUUGAGUGGGCAGACCUGCAUUUUCCAAUGUGUCAUCAUGGAAAACGGACUCUUAUGAAGACCGUUCUAAAACUUGGACCAAAUAAUGGGCGCAACUUCUACACGUGUCCAGUUAAAAUGGGAAAGCAAUGUAACUUUUUCCAGUGGGCUGAGAAGAGCCCUGGCAUCUCAAUUCUGCCCGGUUGCUGAAUCUACAACAUGCGUUUAACAUUACAAU